AUGAGCAUCUGGGAGGUGAUCCUGGCUUUCGUGGUGGUGGUGUUGAUGCUCGUGGCCCUGCUGGCCAACGUGCUGGUCUUGAUGUGCUUCCUCUACAGCUCUGACAUCCGCAAGCAGGUCCCGGGAUUGUUCAUCCUCAACCUCACCUUCUGCAACCUGUUGAUGACUGUUUCCAACAUGCCCUUGACCUUGGCUGGGAUCAUUUACAAGAGUCAACCGGGAGGAGAUCACAUCUGCCACGUCGUGGGCUUCCUGGAGACUUUUCUCACCACCAACUCCAUGUUGAGCAUGGCAGCUCUGAGCAUUGACAGGUGGAUUGCUGUGGUCUUCCCUCUAAGUUAUCACUCCAAAAUGAGGUACAGGGAUGCUGCUCUCAUCCUCAGCUACACGUGGUUGCACUCGGUGUCCUUCCCCAUAGCUGCAGCUUCUCUCUCCUGGGUGGGUUUCCAUCACCUCUAUGCCUCCUGCACCCUGUACAACAAGAGACCAGAGGAGAGGACUCAGUUUGUGAUUUUCACUGGGGUCUUUCACAGCCUCAGCUUCCUCCUCUCCCUCGUAGUCCUGUGUUUCACAUAUCUCAAAGUGCUGAAGGUGGCACGGUUCCACUGUAAGCGGAUUGACGUGAUCACCAUGCAGACCCUGGUGCUGCUUGUGGACAUCCACCCCAGUGUAAGAGAACGUUGUCUAGAAGAGCAAAAGAGGAGGAGGCAGAGAGCAACAAAGAAAAUAAGUACCUUUAUUGGUACUUUUGUACUCUGCUUUGCACCUUAUGUCAUUACCAGACUCGUCGAAUUAUCCUCCGUGGUCCACAUCAAUUCCCACUGGGGAAUCAUUUCCAAGUGCUUAGCUUACAGCAAAGUUGUUUCAGACCCUUUCGUGUACUCUUUGCUACGACACCAGUACAAGAAGACGUGGAAAGACAUCAUAAACAAAGUCCUCAAAAGAAGUUCCAUCAACUCCUCUGCCCUCACAACUGAACCCCACAGCCGGAACAUCGCGCAGCUGAACGAAUGA